ACAAACUACCACAACCUUUCAUUGCUCUAUCUCAAAAAAACAAAAAAUGAGACUUCAACUCCAUUUCCAACGCUCUAAUCCUCCAUUGCUCAUCCAACUCAAACACAAUUCACCCCUUAAUAAACCUCAAAAUUUGCCAUAUGGGAAGAGAGAAAUUCACCAGCUAGCUGCAGAAAAAAGAAACUUAGUUAAACCAAUAGCUCUACAAAUUUUGCACAAAUCCAAGAAAAUUUCAAGAACUGAAAAUUUUGAGUCUGAAGCUGGUUUAAAUGAGAAAAGCUCAAAACUUUUGGUAUUGGGAGCUGUAUCUGUUGGGGUAAUGUUGUUUUUAAUGGGAUUUGAUGAUCAAAAUAAGGCAUUGGCUUUGGGUCCAGAAGGUCCAUUAAUGGAGGAAUUUUGGGAUAAUAUGAGGAGAUAUGCAAUUUAUGCAUUGACAGUUAGUACUGGAGUUCUUUGGGCUGUUUUUGAACCCAUUUAUGAGCUGUUGAAGAACCCAAUUUCUGCAAUUUUAAUAUUGGUUAUUAUGGGAGGCAGUUUUUAUAUUGUUUCUCAAGUGGUAUCAGCUAUGGUUGGUAUUACUGAUUUUGCUUAUGAUUAUAACUAUUAGAUUUCAGUUUAUUUCUGUAUAAAUAGGUAUUUCCUUGUUUAUCCAAUGCAAAUUAUGAAGGGAAGCUUUGGUGGAAUCGGUAAAGUUACGGUUUGGAGCCGUGAAAACAGUGUCUUGUAUAAAUGUUGAGUAAGACUGUGUACGGUAAACCCUUGUAGCCCGGCCUUCCCCGGACCCCGUGCAUAGUGGAAGCUUAGUGCACUGGCUACUUCUUUUUUUAAUCCAAUGCAAAUUAUAUACCUUUGUCCUUAAAUUCAGCAAGUAAUAGAUAUUGCCUUCAAACUCA